CGCAAAGUUCAAGCAUCGGCGUCGCUGCUUUGUGCUUGAUUGCAGCAUUCGCGCCGCUGCUUUGGGCGUCAACAUGGAUCGCCGUGCACUUGCGGGCUUGUUGCUGCAGCAGCAGACACUUGGUCCACCUGCUCCGCACAUCUUCCGGCCUGGACACUCUGAGUUUUCAUCCUCCCGAUACCUACUAAAUGUGAGGCCUGUUGUUGGCGGAGACGUUGAAACUACCCCGGUCCCAUGCGAACUCUAUGGUCUGCUGUUGACGAGACUAUGGAAAAAGCUUUUGCAGGUGGAGAAGCUAUGCAGGAACAGUGGUUGUCUUCACAAAGUCAACGCUUUUUUUUGUUGUCACGAACUUUGCCGUCCACUUGCAGGUGUUGAGUCUGCGCUUUCCCACUGCUUUGCCGACCUGAGGUGCCUGUAUUACCAGCGCUGUGGUGUCUGACAGUUUUCCCAUGUGCGUGCAACCGUGGCUCAACUG